AGGGAGCGAAGGAGGCGGAGACUGCCGAGCCCCGCAGCCCGGCCGGGCUUCGAGGACAGGGGCUGCAUGGAGCGGCCGGCGCGGCUCUGCGGGCUGUGGGCGCUGCUGCUGUGCGCGGGCGGCGGGGGCGCCGCGCCUACCGAAACUCAGCCACCUGUGACAAAUUUGAGUGUUUCUGUUGAAAACCUCUGCACGGUCAUCUGGACAUGGGAUCCUCCUGAGGGAGCCAGCCCGAAUUGCACCUUACGGUAUUUUAGUCAUUUUGACAACAAGCAGGAUAAGAAAAUUGCUCCUGAAACCCGUCGUUCAAAAGAAGUGCCCCUGAACGAGAGGAUUUGUCUGCAAGUGGGGUCCCAGUGCAGUACCAAUGAAAGUGACAAUCCUAGCAUUUUGGUGGAGAAGUGCACCCCGCCCCCGGAAGGUGAUCCCGAGUCUGCUGUGACUGAACUACAGUGCGUUUGGCACAACCUGAGCUACAUGAAGUGUACUUGGCUCCCUGGAAGGAAUACAAGUCCAGACACCAACUAUACUCUCUACUAUUGGCACAGCAGCCUGGAAAAAAUUCUUCAAUGUGAAGACAUCUAUAGGGAAGGUCAACACAUUGGUUGUUCCUUUGCUCUGACUAAUUUGAAGGAUUCCAGUUUUGAACAACACAGUGUCCAAAUAGUGGUCAAGGAUAAUGCAGGAAAAAUUAGACCAUCCUUCAAUAUAGUGCCUUUAACUUCUCAUGUGAAACCUGAUCCCCCACAUAUUAAACGUCUCUUCUUCCAAAAUGGUAACUUGUAUGUGCAAUGGAAGAAUCCACAGAAUUUUUACAGCAGAUGUUUAUCUUAUCAAGUAGAAGUCAAUAACAGCCAAACUGAGACGAAUGAUAUUUUCUACGUUGAAGAGGCCAAAUGUCAGAAUUCAGAAUUUGAGGGAAACCUGGAGGGUACAAUUUGUUUCAUGGUCCCUGGUAUUCUUCCUGAUACUUUGAACACGGUCAGAAUAAGAGUCAGAACAAAUAAAUUAUGCUAUGAGGAUGACAAACUCUGGAGUAAUUGGAGUCAAGCGAUGAGUAUAGGUGAGAACACCGACCCCACGUUCUACAUAAGCAUGUUGCUUGCCACUCCGGUCAUUGUCGCGGGCACAAUCAUAGUCCUUCUGCUUUAUCUCAAAAGGCUCAAGAUCAUUAUAUUCCCUCCAAUUCCUGAUCCUGGCAAGAUUUUUAAGGAAAUGUUUGGAGACCAGAACGAUGAUACUCUGCACUGGAAGAAGUACGACAUCUAUGAGAAGCAAACCAAAGAAGAGACCGACUCUGUGGUGCUGAUAGAAAACCUGAAGAGAAACUCUCAGUGACGGCGCUAUUUAUUUUAACCUUCAACGUGACCUUGUGAAGAUUCAUCCCAUUCUGCGUUUGUUAUCUGGGAACUCGUGAAACGGAAAUUGAAACUACUGGGGCCAUUUAAAAACAGGCAGCUCAGAAGAGCCGCUGUCUUUCUGUUGAGUCGAGCACUGAGAAACUAAACCUGAGGGGCUCUUUGGCGAAGAGAGUGGAGUCCUUGUUGUUAAAUUGUAAAAGCAGACCGCCCUCGCGACGGCUUCAAAGUCAGGGACAAAGCAAACAGCGAUGAUGGCGGUAGAGUUAAUCUUACCAAGAGUUGUGACAACUUCUGAGGGAUCUGUGCCUGCUUUGUAUUCUCUGUGUCCAACAAAACCAACACAUUCGAUUUUGUUGUGUGAAACUCAUUUUGGGUGCAGUUGCUCAUGCCAGCCCCUGAGUCACAGAGAACAUCUAGCAAACGAAAUUGAUAAAAUCUGUUAAUCUGUUCCUUGGGAUCUCAUGGAGGAAUGUGUGUGGCUCUGAAACCUCUUAGCAGCCUGGGAUCCUCAGCGCCGUGAGCAGCAGGUGUCUCCGCUUGGAAAGGCUCGGACAUCAGCGCUGGCCACGAGGAGGACACCUCCAGAAAAAGCAGAGGCCGCUCCUUUCCCGACACCUUUCAAAGCCACGGCAGGCUUUUGGGGGCCCCAGUGGAGGGUGGCAGGGAUUGCUGGAUGUGAGGGUGUGCAGCCCGUGCCUUCUUCCCUUCCGCUGCCCAGAGCAGAUGCUCGCCCCCGUGCCCCUGCGCUCGGCCCCCAGCCCGGAGGCGCUGCUCACUCGGACGGGGGACAGUCGGCCGAGACCCCUCUGUCCUUACCACUUUAUCUCCACCGGUCAGGUGCCAGACCUUUCGACUCCCCGGUUCCCCUGCCCAGUCUCCCCGGCCGCGUGCACCCUCAUUCCCGGCAGCCAGCGGGUCUUUCCCCUCUGGCUAGAAAUUAGAAUGUAAAGCUGCUCAGAACACCUAGAGGGGCAGGGAGUAAUUUGCAUCUCAGGUAAAGUGUAAGGAGACUAAGAAACAAUGACUGAUUCUUGCAUAUUUUGUAACUUCUGCGUGAGUCUGCAUUUCUUGGAAGGUUUUCAGCGUUUACUAUUUCUCUAUGCAUUUUCUAAGCAGAAAGGAGGUAUUAUCUUCACUUUGAGCUUUGCUCUUGGUUUCAGAAAGGAAUAGUUACGUCUUCCCCUUUUCCCUUCCGGCCACGACUGGUUGUGAGUAGGUUUUGCUGCUUGUACGGACAGCAUCUGAGGCUCCAACAUUUGUAUUCUUUUUUUUUUUUUUUUUGCAUACUCAGGGUUCCAUUCUCACCCAGCCCUGCAUCAGACCCACAGAGAUGCUCCCUCCACUCCUCCUCCUUCCUCCAAAUUUAAAGAAGCGUGGAAGCGAGAAGCCCCCCACUCGGCCCCCCCC